UCAUCCGCCCCUAGGGGGAGGGGGCUUGGGCAAGUCCUGAACACACACGCACAUAUACACAUGGCCACGAACGGGCAAAGCACACAUGAGACAUGUCGACACAGUGCCAUCCAUCUGCCAGUGUCCGUGCCUGUAUGGUUUUGACCGCUCCAGCUCCCCCGCCCGGCCCUGGUUUCUUGCCACUCCCCCCACCCCCGCCACCUCCCCCGCCCGACGAGGAGCUGCCGCCGCCGAACAGCGUGUUGAAGAACUUGCUUAUCCCCGACGAGCCAGAAGCGUUGCCGCUCUGCGGAGGGAUGGAGGAGGGCUGCACACGGAGGGCACCGACAUGGGGUGUUGUUGGUGUGUUGGGUGUGGCAUGAUGUGUUGUGUUGUGUUGUUGGUUACCGGCUGUUGGUAUUGGGGUGCGUCAUAUCGGUUGGGAUCGUUUUGGAAGUUGCUGAACCUGGCCCGCUGCUGCGCGCGAAGGGCACUCAACUCAUCGUUGCUCUUCUGCAAUGCACAGAGAGAGAUGGAGGGCUUGCUGUCCCUGUGUCCCAGAUCUGUCCCUCCCGCUCCCCCUAUCUCACACACGCACCUUGAUGGCCUCGGCAGUGUCGAUCCGUUUCUUGAAGUCAAACGCCGUCUUGCCGCCCUUGCUGGGAGCACUACUGUCAGACUUGCUGAAGCCACCAAACACACGAACACAGGAGAGCACGUCUGCUGAGCUAUACCCGUCAUGUCCUGGUGUUGCCUGUCCCAGUCACCGACCCACCCCCACCCAGAGAUGCUGUUGGAGCUCUCCGAUCGCGGCCCGACGUUAUCUGGUGGCGGCGCCAGCGUCCCAGAGGCCUUGGGGCUCAUCGAGCCAGGGCUGGCCGGACCCUGCAGGCACAUGCCAGACACACACAAAAGGGCGAAUGGUCCGUCUGUGGUGUUGCCGGUCACACGUGUUGCCCAGCUCACUCACCUCAAACUGUUUGCGCUUCUCUGCCCGGAUCUGCGCCAUCUGCUCGUUGUGACUCUUCUGCAGAAAGACGGUGUGUGUGGUGGGAAAAGAAAGAGAUGCAUACGACGUGCCUGUGUGUACCAUGUGUUGUGUGUUGUGUGUUGGUCAUUGAGCCUUACCAGCUCUGCCUGCGCCCGCAGUGUCUUCUGGGCAGGGACAAUGUUCUGAAACUUGGGCCGCUCAACCGAAACCUGAACGAAGAACACGCCACACCACACACACAACCGAUGGAUGAGGAGCCCUCACGCCAAUGCCCGCCUGCCUUACCUGUGGCUGCUGCUGCGACUGCUGCUGUGGCUCAUGGUUGAGGCUGACUAGGAUGCCCUCAAAAGUGUCGCAGAAGGGCUCCAGGGCAGACGCGGCCGCAGACAUCGGGUACACGAACGUCUCGCCAACCUGUUCCAUGCACACACAGUUGCUGAACAAACACACACGGCGGUGGGGGAGGCGUGUGUUUUUUUCGGACCUCGUUGAAGCCGCAAUGCCUGAUGACAUCCUCAAACAGAAUGCCCUCGGGCGCCCCGUCCAGAAACAGCUGUGUCAACGACAGAACACCCACGCACACACGCAUCCCAUCUCGCACCCUGCCGCCUGUUUCUGUCCAUCCAUCUCUCCUUCUGGCCUGCCUACUUUGGCCUUGAUGGUGGCAUUGGUCCGCUUGAUAGUGCGAUACUUGGCCUCUGAGGGGUUCGAUACGAUGCUGACGGACGGACAGAAAGACAGUCAGAACCGAACAACAUACGCCUUCAGCAUCUUCUGUUGGUCGCCUUCUUACUUUCUGAGGAGCUUAAGAAGGAGUGCGUACGCCUCAGCCUUGACGGCGUCCGGCAACUCCAAAUGGGCGAUGGUUUCCGUCAACUCCUCCAUAGCCGACUGACCACGGCACUCACGUCUGAGUCAGCGAGAACCGGCGACAGACGGACGAUAACAACAACGGAAACAAACACGCCUCCCCUCCCCUCUCACCUUCCCUCCGAGCCCUUUCCCUUUGUCUCUCCGAGUGGAUCGUCUUCGAGCUCGCAGACAAGCGGCGGAGUAGGGCGUGAAGCGCCCGCGCCAAGCGACAGCGAAAGGCAUCACAUCUUCUGACAGCCGCCGCCUCAUGCUGACGACUCGCGCGAGAAAUUGAAGCAGAUCUGGGGCUUUGCAAUUGUCUGUGAGGAGGCUGAUAUCAUUCACACAUGCGAGAUGCGUUCUGCCAU